UUUGUUAUAGCGAGUGAACCCGAGACUGCUAAAGAGAUUUUAAACAGCUCCGAAUUCGCUGAUCGUCCUAUUAAGGAGUCAGCCUAUGAGCUUCUCUUUAACAGGGCUAUGGGGUUUGCACCCUUCGGUGAUUACUGGAGGAACCUCCGAAGGAUUUCCGCAACCCAUCUUUUCAGCCCGAGAAGAAUUUCCAACUUCGGAGGAUUCCGCCAAGAAAUUGGUAAUCAAAUGGUGAACCAAAUCACUACUAUUAUGGGAAAUGAGGGAAAUGUUGAGAUCAAAAAUGUGUUGCAUUUCGGAUCAUUGAACAAUGUCAUGAUGAGUGUGUUCGGAAAGAGUUACGAUUUCUUCGGUAAGAGGACCGAGGAAGCUGAUAACCUUGAAGAAUUGGUUAAGGAAGGUUAUGAAUUGUUGGGAAUAUUCAACUGGGGAGACCAUUUUGCCCCUCUAAGGUGGUUGGAUUUACAAGGAGUAAGGAGAAGGUGCAAGAAUCUUGUUGGUAAGGUAAACAAGUAUGUUGGUAAUGUGAUUGAAGAGCACAGGGCAUUGAGGAGUGAGAAGGUUGAUGAUGAUUCAAAGGAUUUCGUUGAUGUUCUUUUGGACUUGGAAGAUGGAGAGAACAAGCUCUCUGACUCUGACAUGAUUGCUCUUCUUUGGGAAAUGAUAUUCAGGGGAACAGACACAGUUGCAAUCCUACUAGAGUGGACUCUAGCAAGGAUGGUGGUGCACCCCGACAUUCAAGCCAAGGCCCAAGCUGAAAUCGACAGCGUAGUCGGAGUCAACAGGCAAGUCGCCGACUCAGACCUCCCCAACCUACCAUACCUCCAAGCCAUCCUCAAGGAAACAUUGAGAGUCCACCCACCAGGCCCACUUCUAUCAUGGGCUCGUCUUUCCAUCCACGACACCCACGUCGGUCCCCACUUCGUCCCAGCCGGAACCACCGCUAUGGUCAACAUGUACGCCAUCACCCACGACGAGAAGAUCUGGUCUAACCCCAACGAGUUCAAACCCGAGAGGUUCAUGGAAGAGGAUGUCCCAAUCAUGGGUUCAGACCUGAGGCUGGCACCUUUCGGAGCAGGACGUCGUGUCUGCCCCGGAAAGGCAAUGGGUAUGGCUACUGCUCAGCUGUGGUUGGCUCAGAUGCUUCAGAACUUCAGGUGGGUUCCGACCGAGAAUGGUGUGGACUUGACCGAGUGCCUCAACCUUUCCAUGGAAAUGAAGUCGUCUUUGGUGUGCAAGGCUGUUCCUAGGAUCUCUGCUUAAUUCAACUAGUUUGUCUAUGUUAAGAAGGUUAUGUGUGUGCUAUCAUAGCCACUAGUAAGUACUUUAAUUAUGGACUAACAUAAGUGAUUUUCUUCAUAAUUUUGCACAUUUCGGAAAUGGAGAAAUUGUCACAUAGAUUAAAGCUUUCAAACUUAGUAGUAGUUUGUUAGCUUUUAGAUGGUUAUUGGCAACUUGUUAUGUAAUGUGUAGCUGUUCAA